AUUUCAUUCAUUCGCAAGCCAUGGUGGAGUGAAGAUGGCGGGUGCGAAGUCCAUUGAAGAUAUAUUUUCUUCUGAGGUUGACGAAAAGGAGGUAUCUGCGUUGGUUGGAUCUCUCGUUACAAAAUUAGCCCCACAGAAUCCCAAGGCUGCGUCUGGACCAUCACAAGAUGCCACAGUGACAAGGAAUCAUGUCAACGAUAACUCUUCCGUACAUGCACAAACUGGACCUGGCGGGCUAACAACGUUAAAACAAGCGGAGCCGGGGAUUUCAAUACACGCGAAUGCGACAAGACAAACCAUGCAGGAUUCCCAUUUGGGCACCACGGGCGCACCAACGACGAAGGGUCUCAAUCACGAGAAUGCGCCUGGCAAUAUCCAUGCAAAUGACAAUGCAACUCAAGGGAAUGGUCAAAAUAAUCAUGGAAUAGGAUCAACAUCUAUCGCUGAUAUUGUGAAACGAGACUCACAGCCACCGGCAAUUUCAAACAUGAUGACGAAGCCGCCAACGGCUACGACCGUUUCGGUGAGCCAACAGUCACCUGCGAUUGUGGCACAGAUCACCGGAGCGGGCCUUCAAAAACCAAAUGAACCGCCGAUCAGCAGACCACUUUCUGGGAAUACAAUGGGUCAAAAUAGAACUUCGGUUAACAAUGACCAACAAAUUGUUAAAGUUGUUUCAGUGCCUAGCAUGCCAAGUGGCAGUGCUGUGCAAAAUACAAACUCUUCAAAAAAUGAACAUGGUGCAACUGCAAAUAUGAAUUCUAUUUCUAUUUCUAAUCAAAAUGUAAGCUCAGUCUCAGCUGGGUCUGCCAAAGAGCAGCUUCUCGUUAGGCAACAGACAUUACCAAGUAAUGAUCAAUCAGGUGCAAUGAAACCAAGGAUUGUUGUUCAGCCAAGCAUAGCAGCAACAAUUCAGCAAGCAACUUCUGGAGUCGCUACAAUAUCUGGUAUUCCAUCAGGCAACAUGACACUGGGCAAUGCCAAUCAGAAAGUUGUGACAAUUAAUGUUGCCAAUCCAGCCACCCAAACAGGAGGCAGACCAGGGCAAUAUGUGGUAAAUACUGUUCCAGGAAGUAAAGCUGUAUCGCCUCAGAUUAUAACACAGACAGUACGGAUGCCCACUGGGCAUCAUGUGAUUGCUCCUAGAGCACAGCUUGGUGGACAGGUUCAGAUACGUCUGCCUCCAGGCACCACCUUGCCACCUGGAGUUGUAUUAAUCAAUAAAGGAGGAACAGUACAAGCUGUCAUGGCAAAUCCAGCUGGCAUUCAAGCUCACGUAGCAGGAGCUCCUGGAAUGACAACAUACCGGCAUGUCCAGCCAGGAAUAGUCACCUCUACAGCUCAGCCAGGGAGGGUCCUUACAUCAGUUGGUGGGAGUAAUGUUGUCAGCAGUCCUCAAGUUACAACCACUCGGUCAGGUUCACCUGUAGUCAUUGCCUCUGGAACACCGACAACAGCAAUGAGAGGAGCUACAGCUGCGAAUGCAUCUUCACAACAAACCUCAUCAUUACCAAAGGCCACAGGCAAGGGUCAGGGUAGCUCUUCAUCCAACUCUGGGGGUCAGCUCUCAAGUUCAGCCAUGGAUAAUGUGAAGAAAUGUAGAAACUUUCUGACAACUUUGAUCAAGCUAGCUUCCAAUGCAAAUCAACCACCAGAGACUGUUCAAAAUGUCAAGAUGCUGGUUCAGAACCUCAUUGAUGCUAAAAUCGAGCCAGAGGAGUUUACUCUCAAACUUCAGAAGGAGCUCAACUCUUCACCACAACCAUACCUUGUGCCUUUCCUUAAGAGGAGUUUACCCCUAUUAAGACAAACGUUACAGCGAGGGAGUUCAGGAUCUAACAUCUCAACCUUGAUGGGACCUUUACCAGCUGCAGCCAGUGGGUCAGCCGAUGGCAAACCUGUCAAGCCUGCCAUCACCAAAAUCACACCUGCUGCAGCAGCAGCAUCUAUUGCAGCUGAAGCAAAGGGUGGUAAGCAGUCACAGCAAGCUUCUCAGAAGCAUUCGUCCAGUAAGAACUCCAAGGCCAGUUCUCCUGGUCGCUCCCCAAGCCCUCAAACCAAACCAGGCGUUAGCAAGUCAUCCAAAUCUUCAUCGCAGUCAUCGAGCAAAUCAUCACGGUCAGCAGGAAGUAAAAGUAGUUCUAGCAAAUCUUCUGGAGGAAAAGCUACGCCGAGGAAAGACAAGAGCAAAGAUACAUCUGCUAGCUUUAGUCGAGAUGAUGAUGACAUCAAUGAUGUAGCAUCAAUGGCUGGAGUGAAUCUGUCAGAGGAGAGUGCCCGUAUUCUUGCCACCAAUGAAGCCUUUGUAGGCACUCAGCUCAGGUCUUGUGAAGAUGAGAGAUUUCUCCAUAAAACGCCAUUACAACAUGGCAUGAGCAAAAUAUGUUCGAAGCAUGGGAUUUCAGAUGCUACACCAGCUGUAUUAGAUGUGGUUUCACUGGCAGUUCAAGAGAGAUUAAAACAAGUUGUUGAAAAGCUGAGUGUUAUAUCACAACAUAGAUUAGAAAUAUAUAGGAGUGAUGCAAGAUAUGAACCAAUGAAUGAUGUACGGUCACAGCUAAAGUUCUUUGAGCAGCUAGAUGCGUUAGAAAGAAAGAGAAGAGAUGAGCAAGAAAGAGAAAUACUUCUUAGAGCAGCCAAGAGCCGGUCAAAGCAAGAGGACCCUGAGCAGUUGAGAUUGAAGCAGAAAGCAAAAGAAAUGCAACAAAUGGAAUUAGAGCAGCUGAGACAACAGGAAGCUAAUCUUACAGCAUUGGCAGCUAUUGGUCCAAGGAAGAAGAGGAAACUAGAUUCAGAAACCUCUAGUUCAUCUCCGGGUGGUGCCAGUGGAUCAUCAUCAUCAUCAUUAUUAAGUACCUUGAACUCUACAAGCUCCAAUACAACUCCAUUCCUUAGAACACAGUUUCGUCGCACGAAGCGAGUAAACAUGAAGGAUUUACUGUACCUAAUGGAGCAAGAACCAGAAACCAAAAGGUCACACCUCCUCUACAAGAUGUACCUCAAGUGAUCUGUUGCAAUGGAAGAGAGAUCCAGUUACAUAUAUCUGCUAGCUCCCAAAGACCACGGUUAUCCUGCAACAACAACUCUGUCCAAACCAGUCAAGAUUGAUCAUCCAUGGGGCUGAUUUGCGUGUGAGACUUGAUCAUGUUGUCUAUACGACUGGAGCAUGGCUAUUGAUAUUGUACGGAUGGUGGGGUUUUCAUCUGUGGACAAGCUACAAGGCUUUGAGGUGGGAAAGGCAGAAGAGGGAGUGAUAAUGAAUAUCUAUUAUCAGCAGGACCAUGAUGCACUCCAGAGGUCGUCAGACCCAUCAUUUCACAUGGUUUAUCUGUCGAGGAAUACGCAGCAUCAAUUAGAAGGGUGCAAUGCUCUGUACUCUCCUCAGACAGGGAAAGAUGAAGAGGAUUGAGUAGAAGUACUUAGCUACAAGUCAUGUUCAGACAAUCGAAUGGGCACAUCAAGAGUGUGCAUUGGUUUCUCUACUACGAGUUACCCUGUGCUCUGUGUGUAAGGCUUUGAAAUAUAGGAGUCAGAAGAACCCACUUGAUGGUGAUAACCUGCAUAAACUGGAGGGGAAUGGAUUAUCAAGCUUCUUUCUUUAUCUUCAAAUGCACACACUUUAUUACAAUCACUGUCUGAAUCAGUGGAGAUUUAGACUAGAAGUGCUUAAAAUUGUUCAAGAAUUGCUGAAAUACCAUAUCCUUUCUACCUGACCUAUUUUCUUUUAUAUGCUAUAUUCUUGUAGCUUUGCAGAUAACAUCAAUGAUGUUCAUGGAUGCGCUGUAUUCUGCUUUUCCCAAAAGUGUUAUGUGCUUAGUACAGUGAUCUAUCUUUUUAUUUCAACUAUGUAAUAGCUCUUAGAGCUAUGAUUUAGAGUUCUUUCAUUGCAAUUGUCUUAUGGAUACGUCAUUCUGUUCGGGGGGGGGGGGGGGGGGAGUUUCACAAAGAGUUUAGUCUUAAUACUAAAAUUCAUACUUAAGUAUCAGCAAGCAUCAACUUGUGAUCUCAUUCAUGAUUGCAUAGUGGAACACAUCCCCUGUGACUGAUCACACCAUUGUGAUGGUGUCUUAUAUACCACAUGCAACUGGGAAUUUAAGUGUGAUUUUUAUUAAAAAUACAAUCUUUUUCAAAACACCUCUUGUUCUGUAAGUUCAAUUGGGGUCGGCUCUGUGAUUGUAACUGAUACCACUUGUAUGUAGAUAUGAUUUGGAAGACUGUCAACUUCAAACUAAUUUUUUUUUUACAAAAUAUUUUUAAGAGCGAUACAAUAAAAAUAUCUCAAUGACCGAGUGAUUGUCAGUUAAAACUCUGAAAUAUAUACGCUCUGGUCAUUACGUUUGAAAAAACAAUUGUAUUUCCACUUUUUGUUAAGUUGUGGUUUUAAUUGUCAAAGACACACAAAACAAAUCUCUAAAUUUGCUGAAAAUUCACACUGCACAUACCUACAUCCAUGAACUUUCCAUCUAUGUUUUUAUACUCUCAAGAAAAUAUGUACAACAGAUGGGAACUUUGUUAAUGUUAAAGUGAGAAACGUGAAUUUUCAUCAUUUUUAAGGGUAAGUGUUUUUCCACUACACGAUCAGACUAUUUGCAAAGUGGCAAAGUGGUAAUACUUUUCUGUUUUGACUUGACCAGUGGUUUUCUGACAUUGGUGUAUACUCUUUCUGAAACAAAUCACUCCUUAAUAUUCCUAUUUCCCAGAGUAUUUUUUUGUGUGAUAUGAUUCGACAUAAAAUGUCAUUCCUCUAUCUUAACAUGAUCAGCAUCCAUUCAUUCACAUGUGUUUGCAGUACACACAGUAAUUGAAAAUGGAAAUCAUUUCAGGGAAUCCACCUGCUACUUGUUAUGUUCAGUAGUAAGUUACAGGAAAAAUCCUGUGAAAACACAACUGAUUCACUUUUUAGAAUUACUUUUGCAUAUCUUUAAUAUUAUUUUGACAGUUUAUCAGCACAGAGCAAGAAAGGUUUUAACUAUACAUUAAAGCAUUAACAUUCCCUUCUGACUCUGAAAAAGGUGAUAUAUUGGGAUAAUAUGAAUGCAAAUGAAACCCAACUUUCAUAUCUUCAUGAGAAAAUAUUAAAUUUGCAUUUGCUGCAAGUCAGGUGCCAUGUUCGGGUUCGGUUCGGAAGGGUUCAGCAAUUUCUAUUGAAUUACUUUGUCGGCUGUGAGGAAGGUCUUGUUUAUUUUCUUAUAUUGAAUACAAAAUGAUUAUGAUCGAUAACGAUGGAAUAUGAACAUAUACACUCACACUUUUACUCCAAGUUUAGUUUAAAAUAAUCUCCCCUUUUUUUAAAGGAAAAAAUUGGUUGUUUAUAAAUAUUCUGAAAUUCAAAACAAUCGAGUCAAAGACGAGGCCGAAGCUUUCAUAGUGUUGUGGAAAUUUAUUUUGCACAAUGACUAACUAGUAAACACUAAAUAUGCUUAUUUUUUAUUUUAUACUUAGAUUUAUGAUGUCCCUUACGAAAAUGGAUUUUGUUCAACUACACUUGGGAAAAUUAAUGAGCCUGGCAUUUUAUACCGAACCAAGCCUUUGUUCAGUUUGGAAGUGCCAAGUUCGGCGGUUUGGCAACAGCACUAUUUUGAGUGAUACCUUGAUUAGGUUGGCACAUGUGACAAUGCAUCUAUGAUCACUAUUGUCCUGAAAAUAUACGAAAUUACCUUUGGUUCACUUGCAUGAGCAUAUUUGAUGUUAAUUUACUGUGAGAAAUGAAAGAAAUGAGAACAUAGUUUCAUAGUGAAUUUUUGUCUUCACCUGCAUCUCAGAAGUUUCUGUUUUAAAACAGAGAACAUUUCCAAUUCAAACACAUCUAUAUGCUUUCUUGAAGCAAUGUUACUCAACAUUCUGAAUGUUCUUUAUGCUUUGAAAGUGAAAUCACCUGCUUUUUUAAACUUCUAUUUUUAUACCAAUGGUGUUCAAGGAUUCAUGGUCCUAGAAACCUAAUCAUUCUAUGGAAUGCUGAAAAUAUGUAGAUUGCAGUCACAAUAGUCUGAUGAGUUCUUCUGCAGUUAUGAAUUUUCUCAUGAAAUUAUAUGGGAGUUGGAUUUUCUCUUUGUUAUACAACCAGCCAAUUCCAUAAAGUAGUACGUCUGGCUCUAUAUGUGGAACUUCCUGAAAUGAUUUGUCUUUGCUACAUUAUCUCUUGCAUAUACACAAUUACACUAAACCUAGCGUAAUAAGUUCAUGAAAGUUACAUGGUCAAAAAUGGUUUGAAAACCCAUUUUAGAUGAAGAGUUUUGUCUCAGAGUGAUGAAAUUUGUUCUUUAUGAUAAUUUCUGUAUUUUUGAAGAACUUGAUAUAAUAACCCUAACUGUAAUGUCGCCAAUGGUAGCAUAUGAGACCUGUGGCUUUCCAGAUAUUCCUGACUGCACAUUAGUUGAGUCAAUUGAUAGAAACCAAAUCCAGGUCACAAAUGCUACAAUGAUAUUUCAAGAUAUCAAGGUUCAAAUGCAGUCAAAUACGCCCAAACAAAGUAUCAUUAUUAUUACCAUAGCAUUUGUCAUCAUUCCAUAUAACUUAGGGAGACCUAAAUGCAAUCAAAGUUUAUUUUAUUUUUGUUGCCACUCCCUAUCAUUUUAAAGAUUCUAUUAGAGAGAGAGAGAGAGAGAAACAAAAAGAACGCAGGAAAUUAAAAACCUAUGUAUAUAGCCCUCAAGGACUGGACUAUGCAUUCUCUUGUUUUUAUAAGAGAAAUUUUGAAUCAUUUUUCAAUUUACAACAUUCAUCUAUUUAAACCAGGAUGACAAAAUCAGUUGCCAAUGAUUCUCUUUGAUGGUGUGUAUAUGUAUAUGUUGGUUUUUACUGGAUACCCUUGCAACCAUUGAGAGAUGUACCUCAUGAUGUUUCUCACUGCUGAUUUACAGUUUAUACAGCCAAUAAUGUUGGAUUCCUAGAGUCAGCUUCUAGUUGCUUUCUUGAGUACAAAGUGUGAAAAGUAUAUUUAUAUUGCACUCUAAUCAUGUAGUCCAAAUUUUCUGCAUUAUAUGUGACGUGUACACAAUCAAAAGUGAAUAAAAUUACUUUCUUUAUUUCCUAAA